CCGAGAAAUAUUCAGCUGGUGUAGUGUUAAAUUUUACAAAGUAUGGAUCUAAACACAGUGAUAUUUAGCAGAGGCCAGUUAGGUCCAGGAAUAUGGGUUUUGGAUAUUUUGCAUAGUCCAGCAAUGCUCCACGUGGUAGUGUACUCAUAGUGCAAUCAUAGGUUUGGCUGCUUACGCAUAUGGUAGAGUGUGUAUGGCGUUUGUGAAAUGCCUCCCACGUGAAGCGUUUACGGAACAUUGUAUAUGGUCCCGGGCGUUUUCGGAUCCUGCGCAGGAAGCUUCAGGUACUACUGGUGCUUAGUUCCGGUGUCGGCAACGACGAUUAUUGUCAGGUUAUACACCCAGGAGUAAAAGACGAUAUGGCAAGAACCAAGUGUUAUUUUGAUAUAUCGAUCGGGGGUAAAGCCGCUGGGAGGAUCGUAUUCGAGCUGCGAGAUGAUGUAGUUCCAAAGACAGCAGAAAACUUCAGAGCUCUGUGCACUGGAGAAAAAGGCUUUGGGUACAAGGAUUCAAAGUUUCACCGUAUCAUUCCUGACUUCAUGUGUCAAGGUGGAGAUUUCACCCACGGCAAUGGGACGGGAGGAAAGAGUAUCUAUGGUGGAAAAUUUCCUGAUGAGAAUUUCACUCUAAAACAUACAGAAUCAGGUCUUUUAUCGAUGGCUAACUCUGGUCCUAAUACAAAUGGCUCCCAGUUUUUCAUCACUUUGGUUGAAACGGAUUGGUUAGACAACAAGCAUGUGGUUUUUGGUAAAGUGAUCAAUGGAAUGGACGUCGUGUGCAAAAUGGAAGAACAAGGUUCAGAAAAUGGUCAGCCCAUAGCUCCUGUGGUCAUCACAGACUGCGGGGUACUGUAGACCCCAGCAGACUCUGGCAGACCAUAUGUCAACUGGAGCCUUUAGAUGGUCCCGCCGUACUCCUUCUAUAUCUAAAUAUGGAUUUACUUCGUGGUUACACUAGAUUCUACACCAUGAGUUACACCAUAUUAGUUUAUGCUUGGCUUUACACCUUAGAGGGGAUAUUUUUACAGCCUUUUGUAUAGGUUGGGUUUUAAUUACUUUGUGGUUAAUACAAUUUGAAAGUACUAAGAUAGACGAUAUUAGUUAAUGCAUGACUUCACAUCCUAGAUGGGAUAUUUUACAACUGUUUUAUAUAUAGGCUUUCAAAUUUCAGAUGGUUAAAUCUUUGAAUAAAAUGACACUGGUAUCUCAUUAUAACACAUCUUACAUAAAGAUAACAUGAAAUAAGAUUUUGGCAUUUGCAUUCUUGUAUUAUACAUAGGUGUGAAGUCGAACAAAACGUAAUGCCAUAAGCAUUAAUAUAUAUAAAUAAAUUCAGUGGAAGUUUACUGUGUUCUGUUGCACUAGAAGAUGCCGUUAUAUGAUGCAAUUUUACAUUUUAAUUUACAUUUGGUACAUAUGACUAUAUACCAUUUUAUUUCAUUUUUUUUAAAUUUUUAAUUUGUACAUUAAUAUGUAUCUGUAAAUGCUCACAGGAUUUUCGUGUUGACAUAUAACGUAUGGAAGCUCAAAUCUGUGUUAAUGAGUUACAAUGAGUACUAAUGAACUGAUUGGUGGUGAUGUGCAAUACUAAGUAACUGUUACGGUACAUUAGCUUUAUUUUUAUAUUUUAUGCCGUUUUUAAUUGUUUACUUGAUCACUAUAAAAUAAAUUGUAUAAGCUUCUGUUUGUCCAAAAGCUUUUAUUUGUUGCACAUGGCGCAAUUUUAUAUCGCCAUUUAG